UACACACGAUGCAUCCAGAAAUAUCUAUGGAGCAUGACUUUUCCAGUUAUUCUUUGGGGCCAUCAAAUUUGGCAUUGAAACGUAUUGAUACCGACCUGAAGGUUGCCCAAACGGUUAAUUCGUUUGAAAUUAAAUAUCACUUUCCUUUUUACGAAAAACAAAAAGGUUUUUAAUUGUCUAGCCCACUAUCCAGCUCUUUGCUUCCGUAUGUGAUGAUGGCUUUCUAGGAUAUCAGAUGACAUUGAGAAUCUGAGUAUCCAUAUUCAUGACUGUGUACUAUAAUCUCUAACUAUACGGAUUCCAUCGCAAUGGUCGUUGGUAUACCUGUUACUAAGUCAUUUGAUCCUAAUGUGAGCCAUCCUUACGUGUCCGCUGCGUUCAAAAGAAGAGACCCGAAUUUGUAUUUCUAUCUUCCCAUCGAGUGUCCAUCACUUAAAACAUGUACUGAUGGCACAUGUCCCCUUUCACAUACAAAGCUUGAGAUGAUGUUUCACCCUUUAGUUUACAAGACGCGGAAGUGCAAAAUGAUGAUGGAAGGGAUAUGCAAAUUCUCAGGUCAAUGCACUUUUUAUAACAACGAAUCUGAUAGGAUGGCUGCGCAACUUUUGUGGCUUAUUUGGGAGAAACGAUGGGAUCUAUGGCGGCAUAAUAUAGAGGCAGUGUUGAAUGCUCACAAUAAGCUUGUUGAGCCAGUUACAAGAAACCUCUCCAUGGUGAAAAACUAUAGGGGAAACAUGAAGCAAAUUAUGCACACCAUCAAUAGGAAAGGUAAUGGUAGGAAUCUUUUAGAUGGACGAUUGGAUGCUCUGUUACGUUUGCAGUUUUCAACAUCGUGCGGUGAGCCGGAAGCUGCAGAUAGCAUCGAUCUAUAUUGACUAAAGAUAGAAUUAUAUAACCCGCUGCUGCGCCUGAUCUACCUAUUAUGCUAC